UCAUUGCUGAUUAGAAGGGAAGCAAGGCAGGGGGUUGCAAGUCUGUUCUGUCUGUCAGCACACUGCAAGCCCAGGAGAAAGAGAGUAAAGGAAUUAGGCACAAAGGCUAUUUUCAACAUCUUUAAGCCUGUAACAUCGGUGGAAUUCAGAGAACUAGUAUGAAGCCUAAGUUGCCUGUGGAGAGAGACAAGUACCUCAAACACAUGUUUCAAGGACCUGUCUUGUUUUUGUGCAAGUUUUUUCCCACAUAGGAUUGAGCCUUCUGUGGAGCUCUGACACAUGGACUUUUGGUCUGGCUGGUGUCCUUGCCCCUUUGAUUGUUGAAGCCUGUUUAUUUCAGCCUGCCUUGUUUUGCAAGAGCUCAUUUGUGUGAGGUCUCAACAGGAGCCGAGGUACAGUUUCAGAGCAUUCGUGGAUCUCUCAUAAUCGCUCAGGACAUCAUCAUUCUGGUGCAGCCCUUCCCCAACAGGCAGCGAGAUUACCAGGUCUUUGUAUAACACACGUAAUAUAAAUUCCGAAUGUUUUCAGUGAUGCAGUGCCUUUGCCUUGUUUUACUUAAACCUGCCUUCUGACCUGGAAUAGUGUUCCAUAAUUCACUGGAAAGGUUUUUUGGAGCACCUCAGAUGACAUCCUAAAUGGAUGAUCAACUUCACAAUGGCAGAACUCACACUGGAAAAUGGCAGCUGUAUGGACUGGCAAAAGCGAUGCCUUGCGUUGGAGUCCCAGCUCUUCAAAUUCCGCUUGCAGGCAAGCAAGAUCCGAGAGCUGCUAGCUGAGAAGAUGCAGGAAUUGGAGCAGAGAGUGAUAGAAGCAGAGCAAAGAGCUGAAGAGGCAGAGAAACAGGUCAGAGUUAUGGAAGAGAAGAUAAAACUAGCGAAUGUGAAGAUUUGUGAAUCAGACAGCACCCUGUACAGGAAAUACCAAGACCUGAUGGGCACGGUGCAAGGAAAAGAGGAUCUGAUCAGCAGAUUGGAGACACAGCUAGCAAAACAGAAACAGUUGAGGACUGAAGAAGCCAAAAUUGUUCAAGAGAAAGCUGCCAAGAUCAAAGAAUGGGUAACAUUUAAGCUCAGGGAGCUUGAGCUAGAGAAUUACCACCUGAAAACUUGUAAUCAGAGGCUGAUGGAGCAAAUUGAAGCCCUUCAGGAUACAUUGCAAGAUAUGACCAGCAUUCCUCCCUUUGAAUCUCUUUGGAGCUGUAGUUCCCUGAAGCCUAGAGCAUCACAGGCAUCUUUUGCUGAGAAGAUAGAUCAGGAAUCUGUGCUCCUUGCACCUGGUUUCAGAGAGAUGUGUCAGACAGGACCUACCAAGCAUGUCCUUUCUUCAGCAAAUACAGUUCUUGCCAAUGACACCUUUACUGAGAAUGGUGAGGAUAAAUCUCUGCUUUCCCAGAAUAAGCUGAAGCUUGUGUCUGACCCAUCAAGCUGGAAUCUCUACACAGAGAAGGAUGUAUUCCCAACCAUAAGUUUUGAACACGGUUUAGGGUGCUCUGAUCCUGUAUCAGUGGACCCUCCAGCUGAGACCACAAGAAUUCUUGAAGCUUUGACCUUCCAGUCAUCUUUGAAAGAAAACUGCAGUGCUGUGAGCACCUUGAAACAAGUGGGUUUUGAUGGCACCCGCUUCUCUGAUGAUCUGAGUGCCAGAUUCCACUCCCACCAUCUCGAGUCCUCUUCCUCAGGAGAAAUAAUGAGCAUGGUUGAGGGCCGUCUCCAAACUGCUGAACCACCCCUGGCUGUGUCAACAUCAACUGUUACAGCACAUUCCUCCUGUGCAGGGAGGGAAUGUAGCCUUGGGACUAGUAUGACCUUUCCAAAAAUACGAACACCCAAUACACCAAGAGACAGUAUUCAGCUGGCCAAGAGACAUCACAGCCAACCACAUCCAGGGGCUAAUUCUUUCCAUCGUGUAAUGCACUUAGAGACUAGCACUUUCCAGCCCAUAACAGACCCUCCAGUCUGCCCUGGGCUCGUGGAAGAGACAGAUAUUGAUGAUGAUGGAGUAUUGGAGAAGAUGGAUACAGAAUGUGGACUGCUGAGGGAAGAAGCUGGAGCAUGUGAGGAAAUGUACCACUUACCUGCAGGGCAGAGAGAAGCUGUGAGUUCUGAGACUGGCAUACUGGACCCAGGAGGUAAACCUCCAACACCACCGCUGCACAGGUUCCCAUCAUGGGAGAGCCGAAUCUAUGCUGUGGCCAAGUCUGGCAUGAGGUUGUCUGAAGUGGCCAUGGUGAAUGAUACUUCCAGAUGCUUUUCCAACUUCUCGUGUUCAACCUCUGGGCCAUUUACCUGUCUCAUCUACAGAAACGUCACUGUGCCAGUCUACACUACACUGAAGGGGAAAGCCACACAGAUCAGCAAUGUGCCUUUCUUAGACGAAUCUUCAGGAUCUGAUGAUGACUGUGGCUCCCAUGCCAGCUUAAGGACUUCUACUGCUGGAUCCGAGAACAGGAAAGCUAGCAUGCCAGGCAGCCCUCGUGCAGUGAAAAGAGGUGUAUCUAUGUCCUCACUGAGCUCUGAGAGUGACUAUGCCAUCCCUCCUGAUGCCUAUUCCUUGGAUGAUGACUAUUCAGAGCCAGAACAUAAGCUACAGCGAACAUCUUCCUAUUCCACUGAUGGUGGAAUCUGCACUGAACCCAUGGAGAAAUCAGGUUACUUGCUCAAAAUGGGCAGCCAGGUAAAGAUGUGGAAGAGACGAUGGUUUGUUCUUAGAAACAGACAAAUCAUGUACUACAAGUCUCCGAGCGACGUUAUCCGCAAACCACAAGGGCAGAUGGAGCUGAAUUCCUCAUGCCAAAUUGUCAGAGGUGAAGGGUCCCAAACAUUCCAGCUUGUGACAGAAAAGAGGACCUACUUCCUGACAGCAGACUCACCCAACAUCCUAGAGGAAUGGAUUCAUGUCCUACAGAGUAUUCUGAGAGUGCAAGUGACCAGUCCUGUUGGUGUUCCUCAUAGUGAUGAGAAACCUACUGUGAAAGGUUGGCUAACCAAGGUCAAGCACGGUCACUCUAAGCUGGUCUGGUGUGCACUGAUUGGAAAAACUUUCUACUACUAUCGAAAUCAUGAAGAUAAAUGUCCCCUAGGGCACCUGCCUAUGCGUGAGUCCAAAGUGGAAGAAGUAGACCGUUCCUGUGACUCUGAUGAGGAUUAUGAAGCCACUGGUGGAGGAUUUCUCUCAUCCCACUGUACACUGGUGAUUCACCCACAGGACCAGAGUCCCACAUACUUACUCAUCCGCACCAAGCAGGAGAAGAAUACCUGGCUGUACCAUCUGACCGUUGCAGCUGGUAGCAGAAAUGCCACAGUGGGCACAUCAUACGAGCAACUCAUUGGAAAACUACUGGAUGCAGAGGGAGACCCUAAUUCUCCUCUGUGGAAGCAUCCUAUGUUGUGCUACAGUAAAGACGGGUUGCACACAUCCCUCACCACUCUGCCAUCGGAGGCUCUGCAGACUGAAGCUCUGAAACUUUUUAAGUCCUGUCAGCUGUUCAUCAACGUUCCCGUGGAGGCAUCCUCUGUUGAUUACCAUGUGUCACUUGCCCAGACGGCACUGCAGGUCUGCUUGACCCAUACUGAGCUGCAGAAUGAAAUUUAUUGUCAGCUUGUAAAACAGACCAGCUGCCGACAACCCCAGAACCACUCAGUCAUUCAGUGCUGGCAACUCCUUGCUUUAUGUGCUCCUCUAUUCCUGCCUCAACAUCACUUCCUCUGGUACAUCAAACAGCACUUGCAGCGACAUGCAGACCCCAGGAGUGAAAUAGGCAAAUAUGCCAUCUACUGCCAGAGAUCAGUAGACCGCACGGUGCAGGCUGGAGAGCGGGAAGCCAAGCCCUCCCGGAUGGAGAUUGUGUCCAUCCUUCUAAGAAAUCCCUACCACCACUCACUCCCCUUCAGCAUCCCAGUGCACUUCAUGAAUGGAACCUACCAGGUUAUAGGUUUUGAUGGUUCUUCAACAGUUGAUGAAUUCAUCCAGCGACUCAACCAGGAGACAGGAAUGAGGAAACCAUCCCACAUGGGAUUUUCUCUCUUCACAGAUGAUCCUUCUGGCAGGAAUCUGGAACACUGUUUGCAGGGCAACAUGAAGAUCUGUGAUGUCAUUUCUAAAUGGGAACAAGCCUUAAAAGAAUUGCACCCUGGGAAAUACGAAGGUGGCACAAGAAUUGUGAAGUUGACCUAUAAGAACAGACUAUAUUUUCGGAGCCAGGCCAAAGGUGAGACAGACCGUGAGCGGUUGCUACUGGCCUUCCAAGUCAGCAAUGAAAUAGCCAAUGGAAGGUUUCCUGUUAAUAAGGAAUUAGCUCUGGAAAUGGUGGCUCUGAUGGCUCAGGUGGAAUAUGGGGAUUUGGAUCGAUCAGGAUCUUCAAGUCCUGGGGGAACAUCACAAUUAAAAAUGCAGCAUCUUCUCCAUCAGGUCUUAGAUAAAUUCUACCCCAAACACUACAAGCAAAACAUUACUCCUGAACAACUCAGGCAACUGACAGACAGGCUGGCAAUGAAGUGGAUGGUGCUGCAGGGAUGCUCUCCACCAGAAUGCAUUCGAAUUUAUUUGACAGUGGCCCGGAAGUGGCCUCUCUUUGGAACCAAAAUAUUUGCUGCUAAGCCUAUUUUGCCUUCCUCAUUGGAAGACUCUCCAGUCUGGAUAGCUGUGAAUGAAGAUGGUAUCAGCAUACUGGAUUAUAACACAAUGCAUUUGAAGGUCUCUUAUUCAUACUCCUCUGUGCUGACCUUUGGAGGCUGUCGAGAUGACUUCAUGAUUGUAGUCAGUCAAACAAAAGAAAACAGUUCUGGAAAAAACAGCACUGAAAAACUCCUCUUCACAAUGGCAGUUCCUAAGAUUGUUGAAGCAACACUUCUUAUUGCCAGCUACAUUAACUACCGCUCGUCACCUUCACUCCUGUCUUCUACACAGCCCUCCCAAAGCAAAACACCUGCUAAGAAGCUCUGGGAGAUUGAAAAUCGGUGCUUUUUUCCUUCCAUGCCCCGAAGCACUAAGGGGCCCACCCUGCUCUGAGGGCUCAUUCCAAAUGAGCUAUGGUUCUUCUGGUUACACACCACUGCUUUAAUGUGGACUCUGAUUCUUUUUCCAUAAUAAUAGACAAAGUUCCUUAGAGGUAGAGGCAGUGUCCUUUCUCUUUGGGGGGCGGGGGAAGUUAUUUUGGGGGACUGUGCAGGAGUUUCCUUUCCAUGACACACUCCAUCCAAAAUACCAUGCCUCAGGUUGUUUACCUGCACAGUGCUCCAGUCACAUUACAUCUGCUCUCUUUCCUUACACUGAUUAUUCCAUCUUGUACCUUUCUGCUUUGCUUUAGAAACACAUACAUUUUCUUUGAUCCCUCACAUUUGCAGCUUGCAGAAGACAGAAACUUUCCAAGUCCUUGCUCCAGACAUGAAAAAAGACAUUAUUGAGAAAGAAGAGGAACUAAACUGACAAGAAUAAUUCCAAUGCAAGUCAGGGGUGAUUUUAGACCUGAAAUAGGGGGUAUAGAAUUAGAGUUCAGUAGUACUUAAGAAUGUUUUCAACUUUAAAUGAAAGUGGAAUCCUAGUGUCUUUAGAUGUUGAGGACUCAGAACAACUGAGACUAGAACAGCGUCAGAGCAUGUCAGCUCCUGCAGGACUGAUGCAUUUCAGAAGCUGACACUGUUCUAUGCAAUAGAUGAACAUUACAUUGAUGCUGCAGGGCUGAAUGUGUCCCAUGCUCCACUGUCAGACAAGCACUUUCAAAGACUUUCUGCUAAUCACUGUUGUAGAUGUGUUUGAAACUGCGCAUUAUCUCAGACAAGGGAAGACAAGACAAGCAAAUUUUGUACUUUUUCUGUCUUUCAGCAACUAGAAAAGAUCUUGUUCCCAAAUAAGGUCUGCCAUUCUGACUUGACAGAAGCUGCUCCUUUCAAACUCCUGCUUCCUUCAUGCUACUAUAAGCAAGGAGGAGGUAGUCAGCAAAUGUGUACUCAAGUACUGCUCUUCUGACUUUCCUAAAGAAUUGUGGUAGAUUUAAUUUUUUAUCUGUUUCAAAGGGACUUUGUUUUGAGAAGGUUAUUGAAGUUUAAACAAGUAAAAGAAAAAUAGCAAUUCUUCAUGAAAAAUCUAAAUCUACAUAGCUUGAGUUCAGCUCUUUUGAUAAGCAUUCUAAAAAAGCUAAGGAAAAAUAACUGAACUUUCAAAAGUACCAUGUGCAACUUCAUAAUAAUUAUGCAUUCCUGGGCAACUUUCCCAAAUUAAAACAGUGUGAACCCAACCACUAGAAUGAAUUCAGUAAUAGCAAACCAAAGCUAUGAACAAAGCAAAUGAACAAACCAACCAUACCAGUGUUUUUAGUACCUGCCACCAACCUUGAAACAUCCAACUAAUGCACACAAGGGAGCUGAUACAUCAAGCUGAUACAUUUUUGUUUCAUGCUUAGGUGGGGGCAAAGCCACAAAUCAGGAGUAUGGGACAGACAAAAAUUGCUCUUUGUAAUACAAAGCAAAAAAAAAUAAAAAUCCCCAAACAAACAAAAACCCAACCCCAAACCACCCCAUGGUGGGUUAUGGAAACACUAUGGCAAACAUAAGACAGGAAAAGACUGUAUGAACAGUGACCUGAUUUGCACAUACUGUAAUGUAGCCACUUGUUAUGAAUUUAAAGACCAUCCCUUGAAGGUACAGAAGAGGGUAGCUUUCUGAGCCAAAAAUAAUUUUGAGAAGGUAUUUAGUCUUUUUUGUUUUCCCUUUGAUACUUUUAAGCGACUAUGUAUCCUGAUAGUAGUUUGUAUUUCCUCUCUCUCUCUCACACACACACACACACACAGAGGGAUCUCAGUAUAGUUAUGUCAGUUUGAAUACAUGAAGUAUUACUCUUCCUCACUCAAUCACCUCUGCCUAACAGGUUCUCCUGUAUCUGAAGGUCUGUUUGGCAGCCUGCUUCUGGAAUCCCACCAGUGACAAAGCUGCUUUAGAAUAGGCUGAAGCCAUGGGAUGUCCCAGCUGUCAUCAGCCCUGGAGAUGCUCAAGGCAUAGAAGUCUCCAGUUCACAGUUCAGAGGCUGUAUUUCCUUAUAGUGUUAACACUCAUGUCCUCAGAGACUUGUACCAGGGUAAACAGGAAGCAGAGAUGUUAAAUAAACAGGAGCUGUCCUGAAGCUCAUUAUUUUCUGCCAUAACUGCACUUUAAACUGAGAAGCAUGACACAUAGAACUUCUUUUCCUUCCUUAUUUCUUAAAAAUAUUCACGAAUACUUGAGUAUUUCAGGGACCACCCCACUCUGAUGGAUGCACACACUCCUCCUAUUUAUAGCUUACCUGUCUUCAAACAACCAACCAACCCUGUGGAGAUAUCUGUUUUGUAUGAUUCUUUGGUAGAGAAAACAGUUUUUUAUUUUAAUCAAUGGUUUUGUCUAUUGAUGCAGCAUAGAAUGAGACGACAAAAGCCUUUGUUUUCCUAACUGCUGUGUGUAUAUAGAAGGCUGCCUGGAAUAUACUGUGAGAUUUCUGUUUGUUCUUAAUAAAAUGCAGCUAUCAUGAA